UGUGCAGACUGUCUCUAAAUGAUGCUUCCAUUCCCAUCCGUGUGUUCAUCACCAGUGACAACGGUGUGUCUGUUCGUACACACAUGUACAGGGAGGUGGAGAACCCACGCACAAAAGAGCUUGUGUUUGAGAACUACGACCAAUCAGAAUCAGGGUCACUGAAUGGCCAGAAGGUCAAUACCCCGUACCCCAGCAAAGACCACCUUCAACAGAAGAGAUACAUUGCUCAAUCCAUGGGAACCACUUAUGUGUACGACUUCCUGGAGCUUUUCAGACAAGGAGUGAUGAAACAAUGGGAGCGCUACAUUGGUCAGGUGCGGAGGUCAAGAGGAGAUAAACUGACUCUACCAAACUAUGACAAAGUGCUCAACAGUACAGAGCUAGUGUUGGAUGAUCAAGGGGUGCUCAGAGAGGUCAAUAGGGUCGCUGGCGAGAAUGAGGUUGCCAUGGUAGCAUGGCGUGUAAGUAUGCUGACUCCGCAGUAUCCAGAAGGCAGGGACAUGAUCAUCAUUGCCAAUGAUAUCACGAAUCAGAUAGGGUCGUUUGGCCGGGCCCGAGGAGGACUGAUUGUUCCAACAGGCCUCAGCUCUCAGCCGGGAGCAAGGAAUCCCGAGACUCUACAUUGCUGCCAACAGUGGGGCAAGGAUAGGCCUAGCAGAGAAACUCAAGCAGCUGCUUGCACAUAA